AUGCACCUGAACUGGGACAACAGCUUCAACCAGAAUGGCAGGGUGAAGAAGUCCACUUACACGGUCCCCAAGAACCAUGAACACUCUGGGCAUAUAUCCAAGUCACAACGUAGAUACAAAGUCCGCUUUCAGAGUGACAUUAGGAGAUCCAGAAGAUCAGGACGGUUUGUUCAGCAUGAAGCCACGAUUCCAUCCAUGGAAGACGAUGGGGGAAGAAGCAGCGAUGCCCUUCCAGCCUCGCCCACGACCCCCCAAGUCCAUACACCCGGGGAUACAUCUGAUAAGACGAAUGAAACGUCAAGUGCUAUCGAAUCAAGGACUUUCAGUUCUAGCAAUUCCAAAGAGCCGCAUACACAUUACCAGCAUCAGCCGCAGGAUGACAGCGGCGAGUCGCAAAUAGCCAGCGUCGAAGAUGCAACUUUGCUUCUUUUCGCGUCCACCACGGAGCGGCCACGGAGUUUUGCAACGAGUCAGGGCAUUGACUAUUCCACCAACCUGGACACAUGCUGUGCUCAUCACCCGACUGGAAACCCUCACACCAACUGCAUCGACGAGGGCAGUUUAUUACAAUUGCAUCAUGAUGAAGAUGACGAGGCGGUAUCGCCGUCCAUGCUCCUCGCUCAGAGCCCCGAGUCCCUGAUCCACCAUGACAUAUCGCUGCAGCUCACAUUUCAAACCGACAUCCUGCCCAAGAUCCCGCGGGAUGUCCCUCUGUACCCGUCCCAGUGGUCCGAGGCGCGAAGAUCGGAACGGAGGCAGAACAUCCAGUACUAUAUGGAAAAGGUGGUUCCGCGACUGAUGCCCUUGUGGACCGCGGCGGACAAUCCGUUCCUCUCCAUCGUCAUCCCCGCGGCCACCGAGUCGGAGAUUUUGAUGCACGCCAUCAUGGCCCUUUCUUACUAUCAUCGCUCUCUGCACUCGCAGGACUCUCGCGACGGCUCGUCGGGAGAAGGUGGUGCCAGAAGUGAAGGAAACGACACAGUCAAGGCACUGUGGCACAAACAGAAGAUCUUGCGCAUGCUUCAGGAGAAACUGACUAGGCCCGACUUUUUGACAGACGAUGCAACACUGGCGGCGUGUAUGCUGAUGCAAACAUUUGAGGUGCUCUUCUCAGGAACAAGCGGCUGGGACCACUGGCUAAAAGGGGCCACUCUGUUCAUCCAGUUGAGGGGCAAACUGGAAAGCGACCUCAAAGACUCCAACAACUGGGUGAGGCUGGUCAAAUGUGUUGUGGCCAUUGAAACGUUUGCAGCCACCUCGACCUGCUUCGACCUGUUGGUGUCGGAACAAUACUGGAACAUCUACCGUCGACUGCGGCAGGACGACCUCCAGAAAAUGGCCCUCGGCCAGCUUUCCAGUCUGAACGAGUCGUCGGACGACGAGCAUUUCGAGAAGCUCGUCGGCUGUCCGGUCGUGGUGGUCUAUUCGCUCGGGCGCAUGGUCAUGCUCAUCCAGUCGCGCGAGGAGACGGAAGCGAUGGAGAGGACGACCUCGAGCGUCGCCCACACCAGCGACGACGAGUGGCACAGCACCUGGUCGAUCGAAUCCAUCAAGAUCGAGGAUCUGUUGUUCCGGUGGCGACCCAUCAAGGAUGCGAAACUGGAAAAGACACAUUUGGCAGAGGCCUUCCGCCAGGCGGCGCUGGUCUUCUAUUACCGCAACAUCCGCCGACUCGCGUACUGUCAUGCGACCGUCCAGUACCAUGUCCAGCGCACUUUUGACCAUCUCGAGUCUAUUGAUCCGUCAUCCAAUAUCGCGGGCAUCGCCCUCUGGCCGACCAUGAUCGCUGCCAUCGAGAUCGACGAGAAUAAGAAUCCCGACCUGACGCAGCGAGCUCUCAAGCACUUACGCGGAGGCAGCAAAAACACGGCCGACCCACUCUAUCAGAACGCGGAAAACGCCCUCACCAUUCUUUGGUCCCGCCGGAGGGAUGCAAAGUCUUGGGAAGCCAAACUGGCCGUGGACUGGUACGACUUGAGCCGGGAAAUGAAUUGGAAGUGGUGCUGGGUUUGA